AUGGACGUUUCCAAUCCGAGGAGGAUACUGGCUGUUAGCCUUGAGGGCUCGGAGCAUCAUCUGAGUCGAGUUAUUAAAGAUCUCACCGGCUCAUCACCAGAGCCAGCAUCAACAUCCCUAGCCGGCACAACGCACGACCUCGACCUCAAGACCUCCUACUACACCGCCUCCGUCCCCAUCUGGCUGGACAUUAUCGCCUCCCCGUCAGAGUGGGCCUCAUCCUUCCUCUCCGACGAGGCCCGCGAGGUCCUCGCCGUCCUGGGCGGCCUUGUCCUCGUCUUCGCCAUACCGACUGCAAGUCCCGCAGCUUUGACUGCGGAUAACGAUCUCCCGAGCCUCAUUCGACACGUGGGCAGUGUCCUUCAGAAAGGCCUCGGUGGCUGGGACUGGGAUGGUGUUCGGCUGGCGGUCGGCAUUGGUGAAGGCGAGGCCGAUGAGUGGGAUGAGCUGUGCUCUGAGUUUGGGAUGGAGUUUGUGCAGCUGAAGAGUGGGCAAAAGGAGAAGAACGAGUAUGGAGAAAAGACGGGCAUAUCCCGUGUCAUGGAAGCCCUUGAAUCAAACGACUGGGAGCAGCUCAACGACGGCCCGCUCUCCGAUUUUGGCGAGACGCGGUCCGAUGAUGACGACGGAGCGGAUUUCGACCCCGAGAGCCUGGACUUUGGCAUGGAUCGUUCCGACUUUGAAGGGCUGCGUAUGGCGAUAUGGGACACAGGCCGUCUCGACGAGACUGAGAAGAACGACUCCGCUUCCGCAAAGCGAGACGAGGCAGACCAGUCCAAGGUGUCAGACGUCAGCGCUGGCUCGGCUGCUGCUGCUGCUGUUGCUGCUGCUGACAAAGAUGGCGAGGCGCAGGAUGAUCGCGAGCUCGACGACGAGGAUGUCGCCAAGGUGGAAAAGAUGAUGAGGAAGCUUCAGGCGGCGAGGGAAAUGGGCGAGGGCAUGGGCGAGGCGCAGAGGAGGCGGCUGGCAGCCAAAGCCGUCGAAGAGGUGAUGCGCGAGCUUUGA